AUAGACAAUGAUGAAUUCAUGUCUUGAAAAACCGUGUCCAUGGGGAUUUGCUUUUCAUCGUAAAUAUCCAAUUCAGCUUGACUAUUCAGGAUCGUUCAGGUAUCGAGCAUAGAGUAUGAGCAUGCACGAGCCAUAUAUAUGAGCUGAUAACUAACGAGGUGUGUAGCAUCAUGCCAUGCAGCUAUCGAUCAGUUGUAUCCAACCCUCCACGCUAAUAUUUUUUUUCUCAAGUUCAAAAUGAUCAUGCAUGUGUAUCCCCAGGAGAUGCGGCGGAUGCGCAUGCGCAGCUAUCUUUCUAGUUGAAGCAUAAUGCAUUCCCUAUAUACCUGCAUGUAUGUAAAAUAAAAUGUAAAAAUUCAUAUCGAUGAUUUAGUCACUUUAUGUUCGCAUGACUAUACAAAAGAACAAAUACAUGAACGUAUUUAAAUUCUUGGUCUGUUUCAAGAAUGAAUAUUUUCUUUACGUAAUAUACGAUUGCCUAAUGGAAUAGCGCGUCAUCUCUUCAGCGCGCAUGCAAGGUGUUCUUAUAGAAAGUGUAAAAAUACUUUCAGUAUGCGGAAGGGUACGCGCAUGUCACUAUACAGUGUGUUGGAUCCUUUGACUAUAGCUUGCAUGGUCGCAAAGAGGAUAAUAUAGUAUAGAUAACUUACUUUUUGACCACCAAGUGUUAACAGAAAAAAACGUGAAUUCGGUUAAGGCAUUGAAUUAAUUGCACAAUUUGUCUUGACGAUGUUCUGGAUGGAAACUUUAAAUUUUAGCUUUGAAUAUGUUCUAUUUCUAGUUAUAGCGUAUCCAACAACAUUUCAGGAAUUCAGCAUGGCGCAACGGCUUUCGUUGGAUGCAGCAAAGGGAAUGUGAGUAUUUUAUUAAAAUAUUUAGCAAACUUUAUUAAUAAAUUGGCGAUUGGUUAACUAUUUAGUUGUGCUGUUGUUAACAUUUAAAGGUUAUAUUUGCAUACAGGACCCAAAGGGAACUGACAUAUAUAUAUAUGUAUAUAUAUAUAUAUAUAUAUAUAUAUAUAUAUAUAUAUAUAUAUAUAUAUAUAUAUAUAUAUAUAUAUAUAUAUAUAUAUAUAUAUAUAUAUAUAUACAUAUACAUUGCAUGUUUCGGCGUUCUACGCCUCGCAUAGAUAUCUUAUAUACACUAGAUAGCGCAUCUCUUUUGGUAAAAUUGAAGCCAAGAAUAUUCCAGCGGUUACCGCCAUUUGCCUAGAUGGCGGCCAUGUUGGUCGUUCCCACUUGCUAAUAAACGCUUAAAAAACAACAAUAACUUUCAUCAUUUGAAUAGUUUAAAAUGUAUUUGGAAUAAGGUUAACUUCAUGUUUAAGUUCCCUGUUUAAGAAAUAGAAAACAUACGAAUCUUCUCAUUUCAUGGGAACGACCUGAGACUGCAAUCACGGCUUCAAUUUUUGAAUUGUAGAAUAAUUAGACGCCCUAUCUAGUGUAUAUAAGAUAUCUAUGAUGCCUCGUCAGUGCAGCUUGGUACACGUCUAGAUAAGUAAGACACUCGUAUUUAUAUCCCAUGAACUUGCUCUCACCAAGGCAUGUGGUACAACACGGUGACUCACCGCAUCCAGACAUGCGCAGAGCGUAAUGGGGCCAGAGUGCUCAAACGACCACAAGGGAAGUGAGCUUUGCAUUAUCGGCACUAAUGGACACCCAUUAACAACUCCGCAGAGUGCUCAACUGCAACACCGAAGUGAAGAUCAAAACUAUUUUACAUCAUCGAACAUGCAUGACAUAGUCACGAUAGUUACGAUGAAAUGAAACCUGUAUGCUUCCCUGUUAAUGCAAUAGAACAUAUAGCGGUCUGUAUACUUUAACGUUUAUACUUCAACAUCUGCUUUUAUAAGCUGGAUACUAAAAUUUGAAUUUGAUCAUUAUUUAUGCGAUUUGCGUUUUAUAUAAACAGACUUAAUUAUUCUAUGAAUAUAUAUCUCUUUGACUCUAUACUUAAGGUUAAAAUAUUGGGUAAUCGUUCCAUGUUUCGCGCACCAAAUAAUAAUAGUAAACGUUAUGUAAUGGAUAUUAUAGUGUACUGCAAAGUCAACUGGAUACCUCCAUAUACAUAUAUACACACCUGCAUAACCCUAACCUACAUUGGUGCGCAAAACACGGAACGAUAACCAAAAAUGGUCACUGGCACUCUACUUGCUGCAGUUUGCUUGGAACGCCCAUUUUGAAUUUCAAUUGACAUUUCCCAUGGUUUCCCAUCACAUAUUUCGGGGAGGCCUAUCUAGUAUUCCGAAGUGAUGAAAGUUACUUCAAGUAUUCUGCUGGAAAAGAUCCGAAACUGUUACAGUAAAUUAAAUAUUCAGCAAAAUAUCUGCCGAUCGGCUGAUUAUUAAUUCUGCAACGGUUUAAUCAUAAUCUGUCAAGGUAUGAUUGUCUGGAAGCUUGGCAGAUUUAAAUGGUGUUGAACUGCCGUCAGUACCUCGCUGUGCACAAAUCGCUUGUCUCAAAUGUGUUUGUGAUGUUGUCUGUGAGUGCGAGCAAGCUGAAAAGAUUGCCAGUACAAUGCUCUACCUAUUGAGCUACGAGGUCAAGUCGGUUCGAUUGGGUGAUAUUUCGGAACGCAGUCUAGUUCCUUCGAUAACUUUUCAGCUUUCCCAGUGUGCAUGGAGACAACAUCACAAACAUAUAUCUUCACCUGCAUGAGUGCAAAAUACCAGAAACAAAAAAAUUCAUAAAAACUCAUGUUCAGACAAAAACAUAAUACAAUUACUUCUGUUUAGCUUUCAGACCAUCAUAAGAUAGACUAUAGUGUGAUGUUUUUUACGCUGUGUUCUUUAACGAAUGUUGCUUUUUCAUGUUUCUUAGCCUAGUAUUAAAUAAAUGUUAUUAAAUGUUUCCUGUCCUUUCCUUGUUACACAUACUGUAGUGUUGCGGCUGUCACGGACCGUUCAGCGGUAAACAGAAUUAUUGUUUUCCGAAAUGUCAAGCACGAAAUGGAGGAGCUAUAGAAUCAAACGUAUUUACUUGGUUUUGGGUGAGGACAUCAGUCUCAAAGAAACUGUGAACGAAAUGUAUGGACUAUAAAAUAGAAGAAAAGGGUGUUUAUGUAUGGUACAAGCUGGUUGGAAACAGUGAUGCUCCGAUUGAGG